AACACUGUGACCUUGUGAUUGCUAUGGCGGCGCUGGUGAGGAUUAGUUCAGUGUGCAGGAGAGGCGUUAGCCCUGUGUUAUUCCGCACUCCUUCUCUCAUCAGACCUUUGGCAGCACAUAAAAAGGAUGAGGAUCACUUCUACUUGCUUACAGCCAAAAUACGCACAACACCACCUUAUUAUGCUGGCUCUGGGUCUAGUGCCUCUCUGCACUGGACAGGAGAGCGAGUCCUGAGUGUACUUCUCCUAAGCAUGGGUCCUGUCGCUUAUUUCUACCCCGGCCCGGUCAUGGACUAUUCCCUGGCUGCAGCGCUCACUCUGCAUGGCCACUGGGGAUUGGGCCAGGUUGUGACUGACUACGUUCAUGGAGAUUCGAAAGUCAAGUUGGCCAGAGCAGGCCUCUUUAUUCUGUCCUCUGUUACCUUUGCAGGUCUCUGUUAUUUUAAUUAUCACGACGUUGGGAUUUGUAAAGCUGUAGCUCUCCUCUGGAGUAAAUAGACAGACUGUCACAAAGGGAUGGGAAAGUGAAUCAGGUUCUGAAGGCCCCCCCCCAGCUGAUUAUAUACAUUUGUGGGAUUAAAUGUAAAUUAUAUAAUUUUGAUUAUACAAGAUGCCACAUUGAUGAGUGUUUAUAAUCGCCGUUUCCCGAAAUGACUGAAUUUUUUUUUUUUUCUGUUGUGGAGGGGGUGUCCGAGCCGACUUGCUAUGUUUUUGUGGGUGUUAGAGCUUAUAUCCACACUUGCUGUAUUUCAUAGCUUUCGUACGGAUACCAAGGGAAGAGAUUAGCUUCUGAUUGUUUGUCAAUCAUCUUCACUACUGUUCAUGUCAAAACCCACAUAAUGCGUGUUUCAUUAAUUGAAUUGUUUUUAUACAUUAAAGACACUCUCAGAGGAGAACCUGUCCUGGUUCUGCUUCACUUCCUGUUAUCUUGAGCUAAUCCUUUCUGUUUGCUGAUGUCAAGGUUUGAUUGAUUUGUUUUGAGAACUGAGUCAGUGACAGCCAUUAGCUAUUUAAUCUAUUGACUUUUAAAAUGUACCUUAAAAUCCUGUUUUUGUUUUUUAAUGGCCUUAAUUCUGUUCAAAUUCAGCAUUUUGUGUAUAAAUGUUGCAUGGCCUUAAUCCUGUUUCAGUUGAUUUAUAUUUUGAUAUUUUAUCCUUCGCCUCUGGCCAGAAUAUUGUAAAACGUCAGACCCAUGAGCUUCUGUGUAAAUGUGUGUCCAAGCUAAGCCAUGAACAUGACUGAUGCCAGUGUUUUUAAUCUGCUCCAUCUUAUCUGAAUGCACAAGUUAGCUUUGGAAAAAGUAAUUUGUCUUUGGCUUCAAUAAAAUAAAGUCAGUUAUAAGGA